AUGGAGGAAAACAAAUCCAAUGCAAACGAUGAGGAGAUCAUAAGCUAUCUGGUACAGAGCGGCUUUACAGAAGAAGAGGUUCAAGCUGCGAUGAAGGAAACCGGAUCCAAAGACAUAGACUUUCUUGUUGAUUCAAUCAUAAGCGCAAACCAAAACAAAUCGCACAAAGGAGUCAAGCAAGUCAAAAGAGAAAGCACACAGGCAGUUUCUAAUGAAAUAUCGGAGAUUCAAAAGCAACGUAAGGAUUCAAUGCUAAGAGAAAGAAUUUAUAAAGAGCAGUUGAUAAACCAGAUAAAAGCAGAUAUGGCCGAAAAGUUGGAACAAGAGCGUAUUGAAGAUCAGAAGCUACUAAAUGAAGCAAUAGAGAAAACAGAAGAUAUUUCAGACUGCAAGAUAAAGCUAUGGCAUGGAGAUGGAACAUCAUCUAUCCUUGGGUUUUCAAAAGAAAGCACUCUGGAUGAUCUUUUCCUGGCCAUUGAGGCAAGACUGAAUCGAAAAGGAUUUAAUCUGUUCCGAAUGAACCAAACUACUCCGAUUGAAAGGGGAGCCAAGAAAAUUUCUGAGAUUCCCUGCUUGUAUCCAAAAGGAGUAUUGUUUGUUGACGAAUAA